AUGAACAACAGCAGUGACUCUGGGAUCUGCCUGUCCACUCCUCAGCACAUGUCCAUCCCUGUGCUCAUGUGUCUGGUCUACUUCAUGGGUUUCCUCCUUAAUGUCUUCAGUCUGUGGGUCUUCUGCUGCCGUAUGUCAUCAUGGAGCGCUGGGACCAUCCUCCAGUUCUGCCUGGCUUUGAGUGAUGCCCUGGGUGCUCCUGUCACUCCACUCAUAGCUGUUUAUUUUGCCAUGGGUAACAAAUGGCUGUUUGGAAAGGUGCUGUGCACUGUCACUAUUGUAUUUGUGAGCUCUCAGUUCUACGGCAGCACUAUUUUCCUCACUCUGAUCAGCUUUCACAGGUAUAAAGCCGUGGUGCACUUCAACAAGAGCUCCAGAAUGAAAGACAAAAGCUUCAUCAAGAAGCUGUGUGCUGGAGUGUGGCUCUUCCUGAUAACACACUCUCUGGUUUAUGGAUUUGGUGUUCCUGCCACUAAAGAAGGAGAAGUUACACAUUGUCUCAGCUUCAGCCAGGUGUCACUGACCAACUCUUUCUUCAUCAUCAGCUGUGUUCUCGUCUCAAUUGGCUUCCUGCUUCCUCUUAGUAUCUCUGCCACAUGUUAUUUCCGAGUCAAAAACGCUCUCACUUGUCUAAAUAUUACAGCCAAAAGUCUCAAAGUCAAACUCAAAUCCCAGAGAAUGAUUCAAAUGUGCCUCAUUAUAUUUACCAUCUGCUUCCUGCCUGCGAACAUUAUUGGCAUUACAGCAACAGUUAUGAUGAAGUUCUACCCUGAACAUUGCCACACGCUCCAUCAGUUACAGACUGCGUACUAUGCCUCAUGGAUUAUAGCUGGACUGAACUGCUUCCUGGACCCUCUGCUCUACUGUUUUGGGUCACAGAACUUUAGAGAUGCAUUUCCUUCUUUCCACAUCAAGUCAACAGAGCCUCAGCAAAGUGAUACAGAAAUGACACCAAAUGCAGAAAAAAUAACUGCAGUGUGAGACAUUCCUGUACCUCAUUGUGUUAACAUUGCAUAUUUUUUCUUACUACUGAAUUGGAAGUGCACUUAAUUACUUUUCUGGUGGAAUGUCUGUUGCAUGCUUGUCUCCAAGGAGAUGUUUCUCUGAAAGGUUUCACAGUAUGACCGCCAAGCCGUGUUACAACAUACAAGUCAGAUCUAUGGAAAGGUAAUCUUUGUCUUUUAAGGUUUUGGAUCAUAAAGAAAAACAGUAACUAAUGCAAGAUCGGUUUAAUGCUAUACUUUGGAACAUUCCAGGCAAAGCAAUAACCUGUUCAUGAAGACAAGCAAGUGGUUGACCAUUUUUUUACAUUUCAUACUUUUAUCCAUAGUCUAGCCUAGAAUGACUUGACUGUUGACCAAUUCUGAGAAGGGUUCUUUCUGCACAUCUUUGAUGAUGACACAUGAAUAUUUACACAUGUACAAAUAUUUUAAAAUAUUAAAUUUUCAGGUGAUUUUUAGGUUACUUGAAAAUAUCUUUUCAGAUAAUAUUAAUGUAUAA